AUGGCCGCCGCGAUGCCCGCGUCUCCUGCGGUGGCUUCUUCCGCUGAAGCCCCGCUGUGCCGCUCUCCUCUCCGGUGCGGUGGGUCUCCUGCCGUCCUUUCGUUUAAAAAAGAGACGGGAAGUGCGUCUAUGUCGCUCUCUGCGUGGGCGGCAGCGGGGCUAGCCCGCGAAAAGAAUGCCGACCAGCCAGUCGCCCAGACCCCCGCGGAAACCGCGCCUUUCGAAACGCUGCUGCGGCCGUUCUUCCCGCCUCAGGUCUUCCGUCCCUUCUCCAAACGUGUGAAUGGUUCGAAAACAUCUGAAGGUGACUUCGAGGGUUCGCCCCUCAGUGCGUCGUGCAUGCCGCCACUCAAGAAAGCGCGGAGCCUGGCGACUACUUCGCCCCGACUGGCCCACGCUCGCGCAACCCGACUGGCGACCUCGGGAGCUGCCUCGGUGGCGAAGCUCGCGGCGCGCGAAAAGCGAACUGAGACGCUCUGCCCCGUCGAACAGCCUGAGUGCCUGGAGACGCAAAACGACGCGGAACCGCUCUUGCGUGGCGAGGGGCCCCAGCUCGCCUGCGCCGAGACGCAAAUGAAGGAGUGGAUCCUCAGCGUCGCUGCGGCAGUGUGGCAAGUCCGUGGCAGUCGCCUGUCUGAAGCCUACGAGCGUGAGCUGAUGGCCCUCUACGACAGACCCAUGCUCAGCAAGACCAGCGGCACGCCGCCCUACACGGAUGUGAAGCCGGCAGAGGGGUAUGCCGCCCUCCAGGAAGAGGUGCGCCGUCUGGGGCGCCGCGUGGAAGACGAGGCGGAAAUGCGGCGCGAGUGUCUCACCCAAGUGCAGCAGGAACACGUGCGAAGUCUCCAGCGCCUGCGAACGUCGCUGCUGAGUAGGCAACGGGAAAUUCGCACAACUCUUCAGCAGCUCGCGGCGCUGCACCAGCCCCAAAAGCGCGUCGCAGAGAAAGACAGGACUGCGGGUGCCGAGCUGGUCGACCGGCUGCGACAGCUGAUGGAUGACCAAGAACGCCGCGUGACCUCGAUGUACGUACAGCAGGUAAACCGCCUCCAAGAGACGCUUCAGCUGUUGCUGACAAAGAGAACCGUUCGGGAGGGAGAAGGUUCAGCGUACGUCAACAGCUCUCAGACCGAGUCAAGAGACUGCGUGAAUGGCUCUUCGCAGGACGCGGUCGCUUCCGGCGAAGGGCUCAAGGCGGCCGCUCCUCGGGCUACGCUAUCCAGCAAGCGAGGAAAGGGGAGGAAGCCGCCUUCCCCCUUUUGCCACUCCAACAGCAGUCUCAAACGUCGUAGCGUAUGCAUGCUUCGUGGUCUUGCGUGCGCGACGCGUUCCGAUGCCGUCACAGUCAAAAAGACUGAAUCCUCCCCCAAGCGCAUGUAG